GGACGAUUCGGAUCAUAUGGAUUCGAUAUCUUAGUGUUUAUUCUAUAUCUAGUGGUGUUGGUAUUGAUCAUAUCAGUCCCGAUCUCUUCCGCUUCAACGUUGAAGAAAUCACAACCUCCACUUCGCUCCGUCUCGACUCCACCUUUCACUCUGAUCUGCUCUCGCGAACGACAAUUUGACAAUACCGGCAUACAUAUGGCUUAGUUUGUCGCUAAAUACGAGGCGUCUGACGGUCCUAGCGGAAACGGGCGAUUGCAUGCGCGGGGUAUCGACUAGUCGUUGGGGUUUUGCGACACACGGUUGCGAUAUUACGAAUCAAAUCUUGCGUCCCACCUUGACUUCGACGGAAUCAUACAAAGCUCUUCGCUAAAAUGCCUCUCGAUGAAGAAGGUGCCAAGUGGUCUUGUGAACCAUGCAUUCGAGGUCACCGAUCGUCAAAAUGCCAGCACUUUGACAGACUCAUGAUGAAGGUCCCUAAAGCCGGGCGUCCUCUUGCAAAAUGUCCCCACCCGAAAGGAACUUGCAGUUGCCAGAAGACAUAUGCCGUGAUGGUCCGCAUUCCGAAAGGCUCAUCAUGCUUAUGUCGUCCACUCUAUAAAGUUCCCAUGGAUGCCAAUGAACCAACUCAGUCUCCCCCAUCCUCCAUGGUUUCCACAUCAUCACCAGCUCCGGGCAAGGUCCAAAAGUCUGGAAGAAGACAAAGUACUAUGCAAGCAGCACCUGAAAACAUAGCUCGGGCAUUAGAAAAUAUGCCAGACAAGGUAAAGCUCGAGGAUGGAACGUCGAACUUGCCUUCGGACUUCUCUUCACAGCUCGGGUUAGAUGGUUCACGCAUCUCUCCCCCUGCGUCUACACAAAACCAAAAGACUCCAUCGUCAACAGAAACUACCAGGCAAGGCUCACAGUCUCCUCAAGUAUCAAGCUGCUGCUCUCAAAACCAAAAGCCGAAGGCACCCACUCCGACCCCAGCUCCUGCUGCGGUUGCUUCUCCGGCUCAGAAUGGUGGAUCUUGCUGCGGAGUGUCUCGCCCUCCAACGACAAAUCAAGCUGUGUACCCAGAGGCCGACCAGCAGCAAUUCCAACAACCUAUUGCUUGGGAUGAUCAGAGUUACAUGCAAUUCCCCAUGCCCCAAAUGUCCUCAUGGCAGAAUUCCUCGAUUCCCACGCAUGGAGACUACAUGCAUUCCGCCAUGCAUCAACCACAUCCCCAACACCCAAGCCUCCAUAAUGGGUACAUGGGAAUGAUGCUCCCUCACUCUCAGCCCCAAAUGCCCCAAAUAGGGGUGUCACUCGGUGUGACUUCGCCGCCGUCCAUGGCAUACUCCAACCCGAUGAAUGGUCUUGGAAUCACGCAGCCCUCUAUGGGUCCGUACAUGCCCAGCAACCUUGAGCCUUCCUACAAUGCCCCACCAGGUGGCGACUCUUGUAACGACUGUAGCUGUGGAGAAGAUUGCCAGUGUCUUGGCUGCGCUGCUCACCCAUUCAAUACCACAACACGGAAACAUGUCCAAGAGAUGGGUGCCAUGAUCAGCUCCAAUGGCGAUGACAAGAAUCCGGAAGUCAUCAACCCUUACCAAGCCUCACCCUACCAGGGAGGCACACCUUCGACCCCAUUCCCUUACCUCAUGCAAAGCACUCCUUCAAUGGACCAUGGCUUCCAGCCGAUUCCAUUUGAUAGCUACUCGGAUCCAAAUUCCACCCUACCCAGCGGUUACUCCUCUCCUCUGUCGGCAAAUCACCACCUGAACCAGCAGUUGAUGCAUCCUUCGGAGUAUUACACCCUGGAAUACCCAGUCGGGCUACCAAGCGCCUGUUCUGACAUGACGGGUAGCUGCCAAUGCGGUAGUGACUGCAGCUGUGUCGGCUGUCUCACACACAGCGGCCACAACGGUCUUUCUUUGGACGUCCCAAUCCCCGACCAUCCCAUUGCCAACACAGCGGAUAAGCCAACCCAAGCUUCGCGCCAUGUUCCCCAUACAAAUUCCGCUACGUCUCAAACUUCGCGGAUCCCAGUACUAGACAAUGUGUCUGUCCCCUGCCUGAGUCCCCGCACACUGGAGACUUCCAUGAUCUAGAUGAUCCACGGCUUGAUGAUUUCUUACCAUUUUCUUUCUCCCCUCAAUUUUUUCCCCGCGCCGUUUUUGAUUUUGCAUGAUUUAUGAUCUCCUAUGAUACCCUAUCUAGAAUCUCUGCUCUAGACGGCCACAGUAAUAGAUUGCCUGUUUGAAUGCAAUUGUUCCC